AUGAUUAAUAUGGAGAUCAAAAAUCAAACGGAAAUUGCAGAAUUCAUCCUUCUGGGAUUUGGAGACCUCCAGAAUCUGCAGAUCCCCCUCUUCUUGCUGUUCCUGUUAAUCUACAUUUUGACUAUGGCUGGGAACCUUCUCAUAGUUGUACUCAUUGUGAGUGAUCAACAUCUUCACACUCCAAUGUAUUUCUUCUUAGGAAACCUGUCUUGCUUGGAAGUUUGCUACAGUUCAACCAUUCUGCCCAGAAUGCUAGUUAGUUUCCUAUCUAGCAAUAAAGUAAUUUUCUUUAGGGUCUGUAUCAUGCAAUAUUUUUUCUUUGGUGGCUUGGCUGGCACAGAAUGUUACCUUCUAUCUGUGAUGUCUUAUGAUCGUUAUUUGGCAAUAUGCAAACCCCUGCAUUAUGCUGCUCUCAUGAAUAGCAAGCUCUGUCGAAAUCUGGUGUGUGGAUCUUGGUCAAAUGGUUUUCUUGUCAGUGCUAUAGUAACACUGUUUAUGUCACAGUUACAUUUCUGUGGCCCAAAUGUAAUCAACCAUUUCUUUUGUGACUCUCUUCCCAUCCUUAAACUUUCUUGCAGUAACACACAGCUCGUUUUCACAUUGAUAAUUGUUCUGUGCUCAGGGUUCACCAUUCCUCCUUUUUUCCUAACAUUGGCAUCCUAUGUUUGUAUUAUUUCUAAAAUCUUGAAAAUUUCAUCCAAAGAAGGGAGGCAAAAGACCUUCUCUACAUGCUCCUCUCAUCUCACUGUUGUGGCCAUUUUCUAUGGAUCCCUUGUGAUUGUGUAUAUGUUACCAAAAACAAAUGAACUGAUGGAUCUGAACAAAAUCUUCUCUGCUGGUUAUACCAUUGUGCCGCCCUUGCUGAACCCUCUCAUCUACAGCCUGAGAAACCAAGAGGUAAAGAAAGCUUUGAGAAGGGUUCUCCAUAAGUGUUGGCGAUAG